AGGGCGAGAUCCUGGCCAGCCUGCAGGACGGCGCCGCCGAGUCGCCCUACGGCUACCACAUGGGGUGAUACUAAGACAAAUGUGCCAUUGAGUGACAUCUUUCCCUGAUGAUAGACCAGAGCUCUAAGGAAUCCAAUCUUAAAGUCACAACUCUUUCUUUUUUCCUGCUACUCUCCUAUAACUUAUCUCAAGUCAAACACAGAUCUAAAGCAAAUGCAGAACAAGGUCUAAACCAUUAACAUCUAGUUUCUGUGGGAAAAUUCUUGGGGUUAAGUCUGGGUUUUAUUCUCUCUCUGUCAUAUUAUCAAAAUGUGACCAGUGGUCUCUCUGUAGCCCAUUGCAUACAAACUUUAUUCAAACAAGUGUUUUGCACUCAUGCAAAGCUAAGAGACCGAUGGCGACACUGUAAAUCCUUGAAUCUCAAGUUAUUAAACUGGGGAGAAAUGAGUUUUGGUGUAAAUAAUGUUGCCUUUGGAGCACAACAUGAGCAACUUAAAUGUUUGAGGAGACCUUAAAGAGACCCAUCUGAGAAAGACAACUAUGAUGCACUACUACAAGCAUAAAGCAAAAAUAGAAAUUCACAGGAAACCUUAAAAUAAUCAGUGUUGACAGAAAUGUGGUAUGGUCAGUGAAGCAUAGGCGAUAGUACGGUAAUGGCCACAAAGCCUCCAUGCGGAGAAGAUGCCUUCCUGUUUACUGCGGUUGGUAUCAAACAGCUGGAUCCUUCUGGACUCUUAUUAAAUUUCUGGCAGCCGUUAUAUCUAAAGGUAUUGACUAUAAGACUACAACUAUACUUCUGGAUGGCCGACGAAUCAAGCUACAGCUCUGGGAUGCAUCAGGGCAAGGGAGAUUCUGCACCAUAUUUCGGUCUUAUUCAAGAGGUGCUCAGGGUGUAAUACUAGUUUAUGACAUUACAAAUCGUUGGUCAUUUGAUGGAAUCGAUCGAUGGAUAAAAGAAAUAGACGAGCAUGCUCCUGGUGUACCAAAAAUCCUGGUUGGAAAUCGCCUUCACUUAGCCUUCAAACGCCAAGUGUCUACUGAACAAGCACAAGCCUAUGCUGAGAGGAUGGGCAUGACUUUUUUCGAAGUCAGCCCACUUUGUAAUUUCAAUAUUACAGAGUCCUUUACUGAGCUUGCAAGAAUAGUAUUGAUGAGACAUGGAAUGGACAGGCUCUGGAGGCCAAACAAGGUACUGAGUCUGCAAGACCUUUGUUGCCGUGCCAUAGUUUCCUGUACCCCUGUGCAUCUUGUUGACAAGCUCCCUCUCCCUGUUGCCUUAAGAAGCCAUCUCAAAUCUUUCUCUGUGGCCAAUGGCCUUAAUGCCAGGAUGAUGCAUGGUCGCUCAUAUUCCCUCACAUCCAACAACAUCAGUAAAAGGAACAGCUUAAAGAAAGCUAAAAUUAUCCGUCCACUACAGAGCCCACCAAAAAACUGUACAAGAAACAGCUGUAAAAUUUCCUAAACCCUCUGUGGGAAAAGGAACCUGGAUGGAAUGCCCUCAUGUGGAGUGUUGAACACAAGGACUCUUUGUUUAAUAGUUGAGCAUAUUCUAUGUGUGUAUCACAUUGCAUAGACAAAAAUAAGAAAAAUCUUAUUUUAGAGCUUGCUCACUAAAGUAAUGCUGCUUUGGAAUGAAUGAUGUGUUAAGUGCAACUGAAAGGAUGUGACAUCUUCCUGUUGGGUUUUCAUACUGUAUUUUAGUUUUUGAUGUGCAUGAUGCCAUUGUUUUUACUAGUAGAUGUGUUUUUAUAUAGGAAAUAAUUAUAAUUAUUUUGCUGUCUUAAUUACAUGAAAUCUGGACAGUGACUUGUGUAUACAAAAACCUCUGUAUUUGCAAACUUUAAAAAUACAAGAAAGAGUGGUUGGUUUGUAUAUUCAGGCAGAGGUUUUUAAAUGCAGUGUAUUGUAUACAUUGUAAAUUCCACAAAUACUGUGACAAAUUCUAGUAAUACUGCAAUUGUGUAUUUGGACUUUUUGUAAAGCUUCCCUGAUAACCUUGAAGCACUAAUUUAACUAAGCUAAAAAUGUGUAUAUAACUGUUAUGCACACACACAACAAGGUUUUGUCCCAUUCGUGUAUGAAAUAGAUUUGAUAAAGCUUUUGGUAUGUUAUUUAAUACUUUGAGGGAUUAAUUUGUGGUUUAUAUACUUAUUUUUCUGUAAAAAAUUCUACGUUUUUAUACCACGCUACAGGAAAGUUCUAGGAAGAAAAGCCAAAGACACUGUGGUAAAACGAACAUGACUUAAAGAGUUGCUUUGUAAGCAAGAACACUAUUUAAAAAAAUAAAUAAAUGUUUCUGGAAAAGAAA